AUGGACGCCUCCAAGAAGAGUAGCACGACUAAAGGCACAGUCACUCAUGGUCCAAUAAUCAACACUAUCCCAGCAUCCUGGUACCGCGAAGAAGGGAUGUAUGAACUUGAAAAACGUGCAAUCUUCUCCAAACGAUGGCUCUGUGUCUCCCAUUCUCUUCGAUUCAGAGAGAUCGGGGAGUUUGUGAAUUUUGAGAUCGCCGGCUUCAAGUUCUUCGUUAUCCGGGACCGACAGAAAGAGCUGAGGGCCUUCUUGAAUAUUUGUCGGCAUAGAGCGUAUCCCGUAAUUGAGAAGGAAAGUGGCCAGGGUGGGAAGAUUAGUAUUCUUGCAUGCAAGUAUCAUGGAUGGUCUUAUGGCCUCUCCGGCAAUCUCGCGAAGGCACCGCGUUUCGAAACAGUGGAGAAUUUCGACAAGUCGAAAUAUUCAUUGUACAGUGUCCAUGUGCGGGUUGACAGACUCGGCUUCGUCUGGGUUAAUCUCGACGCUGCCGACCCCCCUACGAUACCUUGGGAAGACCAUUUUGAGAGAGUUGAUGAGCAGCCACGCCAGAAAGAUUUUACCAUGGACGACUUCAAAUUUGACCAUGCUUGGGAGAUGGAGGGAGAGUACAACUGGAAAGCUAUGGUGGACAAUUAUAAUGAGUGUUACCACUGCACAACUGCACAUCCUGGCAUUCUGGCGACCACCAAACUUGAUACUUACGACGUCAAGGGCAUCAAAGGGUGGAUUGAGCACUAUUCGGAGCCGUUGGAGAGUGUUGAACACAAGUACGGAGUGCAACCAACUUACUUCUUCCCCAAUGCUGCCAUAUUGAUAUCCGAUGGAAUAACAUAUCUCACUCGAUUCGCACCAACAUCCGCAACCUCACUGAAGCUGGAAUACGAGGUCUAUCGGCACAAGUCGUGCUCUGAUCAAGACUUUGAAACGAUGAAUCCCUUCUUCAAACAAGUCGAAAAGGAAGAUCUCGAUCUCUGCAACGCCCUGCAGCGCAACCUCAAUAUGGACACAUAUGUCAAGGGGCCACUUCACCCUCACAACGAAAAAGGCGUCAUCUACUUCAAGAAUCUUGUGAGAGAGGUCCUGUAUAAACACAUGGAGGAGGAGCAAUACGCUGGUCGAAAGAUCUACCCAGCCCGGAGGGACGACGGCAACCGAGAGAUUGCAGCUGAAGAGGCCUUUUGUCGCCUUGCCUGUGAUGGUGUUCGACCUAAGGCGGUCCCGCAGUGGUAG